GCUUCCUUCUGACGACUCUCGGGUAGAUACUGCUUUUGCAGUUGCAAAGAAGCAGGAAAACUCUGUCGAGUUCAACACGGUAUCAGCUGAGGGGCAUAAAAGCAGAGACAUGCAGUGAGAACGCAGGGCCUGUUUUUCUGCAACAGUAAAACAGUUCUUAAUGGUGAAUUCACGAUGUCAGAACCAUCACUGUUUCCUCUUUUGAAAUUCCUGUACUUCGGCCCAGUUCAUGCAGUGUUCAGAAAAGCAUCCGCCCAGUAAAGGUAGUCCCAAGUCGUUCUUGCAGAACCUGACCUCCAGCCAAAGGGCAGUGGUUCUCUGUGGAACAGCCCGAUUGGCACUUCUUGGGGAGCUGCUGCCCUUUGCUGCUGGUGCUGGGCUCGCAGGGACGGUUUGCUUCACCAGGCUAGGUAGGAUGUUCCUGUAAGCCUUGCAGCUGGCAGUGCCUUGUGGAAGAUGCUCUGUAGUGAUUAGAACUAUGUGCUUCACCUGGCCCUCAACUGUAAAGACCUGUUCAGCACCAGCCAGCAUUCGUUGCAUCCAUAACGAUGUCGCGGUACCCGACUUCUCUGCCUAUCGUCGUCAAGACGUGCUGGAUCCCACCACAUCUUCUCAAGGCAGCAGUGAAUCUAGAAAAGGGUUUUCCUACCUGGUGACUGCAACAACAUGCGUAGCAACCGCAUAUGCUGCUAAGAAUGUUGUCACCCAGUUUAUUUCCAGCCUGAGUGCUUCUGCUGAUGUGCUAGCACUGUCAAAGAUCGAGAUCAAGUUAUCUGACAUUCCAGAAGGCAAGAACAUGGCUUUCAAGUGGAGAGGGAAGCCCCUUUUUGUGCGUCACAGAACCCAGGCAGAGAUUAAUCAGGAAGCUGCAGUUGAUUUGUCUGUACUGAGGGAUCCGCAGCAUGACUUAGACAGAGUAAAGAAACCAGAAUGGGUCAUACUAGUAGGUGUCUGCACUCAUCUUGGUUGUGUACCCAUUGCUAACUCUGGAGAUUUUGGUGGUUAUUACUGCCCUUGCCAUGGCUCCCAUUACGAUGCCUCUGGCAGAAUCAGGAAAGGUCCCGCUCCCCUUAACCUUGAGGUUCCGACUUACCAGUUUGUUGGUGAUGAUACAGUGGUUGUUGGCUGAGUAACGAGGUGCUUGCUCACUUUCAUGUUCCUGUGAAUGUACGCUCAAAAGGGUUAUUUGAGAUUCUGGAAUACUGUAAAGCCAGAUGAUCCUGAAAACAUACUAGAUGUCUAGAUUCUCAACUUGAAGUACGUUUGACUACUUCCCUGUGUUCAAUUUUAAUAAAAACUUGGAGUGAGCACUUGUUCCUGAUUUCAAUAACGUGUAUUUAUUUGUGUACUGAUUUGUAGUGUGUCUAGUCAGAGAGCUACUACAGUAGCCCCAGGAUGUUUAUGGAGCCCUUCUGAAGGGUUUGCUGAUUCAAGAUAGAGACUGAACUACAAAGCCAUUGUUUCCUUAAUACCACAUGUUUUCAUUAUUUGGGGUUUUUUGGUUGUUUUUUACUGCACUGUGGGAAGAAAAAAGAUCUAAAAAAGAUCUUGCUAUGAACUUCUGUGUUUGGAGUAAGUUUCAGUAGAGAAUCCUAUGAGAUGUAAUCCUUUUCCUUCCAGUGUAUUUGUUUGUUUUCAAAGGAAGUAAAUGAAAAAUAAACACCUACCUAGAAAGAAAACUUUUACAUUGUUCAGAGACACCUUAUAAUUGCUUAAAUGGUAGCAUUGUAAUUUUAUGAUGAUGAUGUGGACAAAAAUAAGCAUGGUGUUAGAAUUAAAAAUGAUUUUUUUACUUGCAGAUAAGGCUUGGUCUUAUGCAUAUCUAAACAUCAGAUCAGGCACUUAAGACACUGGAAAAUUUGUGACACUUUUCCAAAAGAAGUAAGUUGAGAAGGAAGUAAAAAGGGAAAUCCAAGUUUUACAGAGGGUGAAAAAUAAAUCGUACGAACCACUCAGUCUGGACUAACCUCUAAUGUUAGACAUCGCAAAAGUUUUUGUUGCCAUCAGAGAUAUUUUAAGACACAAGGAUGUGUGUGAAAAUUAGUGUUUUGUAGUGCCUAUAGGCUAAGCUC